CAGUACCAGUAAACACACACACAUUCCGUAACACGAACCUGGAUAACGACGGAAUAUUCCGUUUCCUUAGCAACCGACUCUGCAGUCUGAGGGGAGUGAAUCACCGCGAGGUAUUGAUUCAGCCAGAGUCGCCAUUUUUCGUGGUUCCGAUGUAAACAGAAUUGGUAAAACCGGAUUGUCUCGUUAAUAAGUGGCAGUAAACAGGCGAACCUGUCUUCCGUGACUAUAUCAAGUACAAAUACAAGACAACAGCACUAUGGAUAUCCUUGGACCGAUCAUUUUCAUACUGAUGGCUUUCGCCUUCAUUGGCAACAUUGGAUUGUGUCUCAUCAUCGUCACCUCCAAGCGACUUCGUCAACGUCUUCGGUUCUGGUUCAUUUUUGGUACCGCGGUUUGUGACGUGUUGGCCGGAGUUACUUUAUGUCUGUGUGGAGUUCAGUAUUACGCCAAAAACAGAUACAACUGUACUUUCCUGAUUAUCCAAAUGGCUUUUGUGUACUUCGGUAUGGAAUUUGUCAACUUGUGGUACCUUGUGGCAUUGAAUAUCGAUUUCUGUGUACGUUUGUGUCGUCCCCGCUUGCCAAGGUUAUCGCCAUGUGGACGAAUCCUUCUGUACGUGACCUUGGCCCUUCUCCCUUGGGCGGCCAUGGUCCUCACUGUCACACCUGGAAUAGCUUUAGGAUUGCGUGACUAUAUGAAUGAAACUUGGCAAUGUUCGUUUAUACUCAGCUUGGAAUCGGAUAUCCCGUUGAAAGUAAUAUGCUGUCUGCUGCCGCUUGUGGUUAUCAUUGGUACUUUCAUAUACAUGGUGUAUAAACCCUGGGCGCUAUCUCGACCCGGAUGUUAUGUCAAUAUGACGUCACAACUCAUUGAAGAGGCUGAUGAUGACGUCAUUGAACCUCGUCGCUCUUUCAUUAUUCCGUGUAUCGUUACUAUUGUGUGUUCGGCCCCGUUUCAGAUUUGGAAAAUUAUUCCCCCAGAGAGACUUGAUGUUGGUGCUUUUUAUGUGACGGAGAGCGUUUUAGUUCUUAUUCUUCUGUCUAAAGCUGCAAUCUUGCCGUAUGUGUGGCUGAUUUUGCCCAGCCUUAAAGCCGAAAUUAAACGCAUUUGCCUCAAGCCUCAGGAAGCAGGAUUCGCAACCUACAGGCGAUUUCCCCAACAACACGAUUCAGGGGAGGUAACAAUAUCUCACUCCGAGGAUGAGUGACUUUGAUUAUUCAGGGAAGGUAACAACACAUCCCUUUGAUGAAUGAUAUUGAUUAUUCAGUGAAGAUACAAAAUCUCCCUUUGAUGAGUGACAUUGAUUAUUCAAGGGAGGUAACAGCGUCUCCCUCUGACGAAAGACAUUGUUAUUUCAGGGGAGGUAAUAACAUCUCUCCUUGAUGAGUGACAUUGAUUAUUCAGGGGAGGUAACAACAUCUCCCUUCGAUGAGUGACAUUGAUUAUUCAGGGGAGGUAACAACGUCACCCUCUGAUGAAAGACAUUGUUAUUUCAGGGGAGGUAACAGCAUCUCACUCUGAUGCGCUCGGUCCGUCUCAGUCUCAAAUAAAUCCUUUAUGUCAAAGCCGUGUGGACCCGAGUUGUGCAAUACCUUCCUCUGAGCUAUGGAUGCGUACUGAGCACACAAGCGGAGAGAAAGUACAGAUUAACAGACGACAAUGACUUUAAACUGCCUUGUCACUUUGCAGCCAUCGUGCUGAAACACAGACCAUCACUCUUACGCUGCUUGAAACAAUGGCUGCUUUAGACACUGAAAUUCCAUUUGGCGUUUUGUUACAUUGCGAGUUUAAAAAUAUCAUUGACACAAAAUUAACAAGGAGAUGCAAGAAAAAGCAAAACAUUAAUAAAUCGUGUUUCUAAGGAAUUAAUAAUACAGACAAUACCUCUUUCACGUCCUUCUUUGAUGCUGUCCAAAGCUCCUUGGGAAGAGGUACAUGGCUCAAACAGAUCCAAAGUUGCUGUGGCUUCCAGCAGCAGAGCGACCUGGGCAUGGGUGCAUUUGGUUUGCUCCCAAAUUCAAUAUCACGCCAUAAGGGUGUAUUAUACGUCAUAAGGGUGUGAUAUACGUCAUUAGGGAGCAUUGACAGUAGACGAUGAGUAUAGUGAUGAUUAUCAGUUGGUAGUUUCUGAUCAUGGAAGCUAUGUAUUGGCUGCAUUUUGCUACCCAGCGACAACCCGUGGGAAGCCGGGUACGAAUAUAGGUCCCCAGCAACCUAUGCUUGUCGUACGAGGCGACUAAAUGGAUCGCCUGAUCGCCUGGUCAGGUUCGCUGACUUGGAUGAUGCAUCUCAUUGUAUCCCAAAUGCGUAGACAGAUGCUUAUGAUGUCAAUCACUUGAUUGUUUGGUGCAGGCUCGAUUAUUUACAGACCGCCGUCAUAUAGGUGAACUAUUCCUGAAUUCGGCGUUAAACAACAAACAGACAUUUGCAUCAAAAGGCUGGCCUUGUUUUACGGUCUGACGUACUUAGUGCCAAUUGUGAAAUUGUGCCGUUGAGUAAUCAGCGUCAUCAAUAAGAAUGAUAUUCAUGAUAACACUUGGGCUAGCAGACAAACGAAGUGGUGUUUUAAUUGAUUGAAUCAGGGAGACUAUACAAAGUCUAUGAAGGCUCCCUGCUUGAAUCAAGCUUGCUGGGAGUGCCACUUGACUCGAACCUAGUCCCCCUUUAAGGACAAUUGUAAAAUACCCGUGUCUAUAUGUCGUUACCGUAUAUAGGCCUUUUGUGUCUGACCUCGGAAGUUUAUAGCUAAGUCUUGUAAUCUUCUACUCUUCCAGAAAAUAAAGAGUAUCUCAAACAA